ACUUCCAACUCCUGGCCGGGCUCCGCUCGCUCGCCGGCUGCCUCUCUGCUCGGGGCGGGGGCCGCGGGUUCGGUCCGGCCGCGGGUGCGCUCCCGCCUGUCCUCCCGCCCGGGCUGCGGGUCCCCGCGGGCGGCCGCGCAAGAUGAAGCUGGCUCUCCUCCUGCCCUGGGCGUGCUGCUGCCUCUGCGGGUCGGCGCUGGCCACCGGCUUCCUGUACCCCUUCCCGGCCGCAGCCCUGCAGCAGCACGGCUACCCCGAGCCGGGCGCCGGCUCCCCGGGCAGCGGCUACGGGAGCCGCCGGCACUGGUGCCAUCACACGGUGACGCGGACGGUGUCCUGCCAGGUGCAGAACGGCUCGGAGACAGUGGUCCAGCGUGUGUACCAGAGCUGCCGGUGGCCGGGGCCCUGUGCCAACCUCGUGAGUUACAGGACUCUGAUCAGACCCACAUACAGAGUGUCCUACCGCACGGUGACGGCGCUGGAAUGGAGAUGCUGUCCUGGCUUCACCGGGAGCAACUGUGAGGAGGAAUGCAUGAACUGUACCCGGCUCAGCGACAUGAGUGAGCGGCUAACCACGCUGGAGACCAAGGUUCUUCUGCUGGAAGCAGCAGGGCAGCCCGCAGGCCCGGGCAAUGACCUGCCGGCCCCCCAGAGCACCCUACCGCCCUGGAACGAGGACUUCCUCCCUGAUGCCAUCCCGCUCGCCCACCCAGGGCCCCGAAGGAGAAGGCCCACGGGCCCAGCCGGGCCCCCAGGGCAGACGGGACCGCCAGGGCCUGCAGGUCCCCCAGGCUCCAAAGGUGACCGGGGCCAGGCAGGAGAGAAGGGCCCAGCAGGGCCUCCUGGCCUCUUGGGGCCGCCAGGGCCCCGCGGGCUUCCUGGAGAGACGGGGCGCCCCGGGCCCCCCGGCCCCCCUGGCCCAGCGGGCAGCCCGGGCUUCCCUCCGAACGGCCCCCAGGGCGUCCUCUACUCCCUGCAGCCACCGACGGACAAGGGCGACGGAGACUCACAGCCGGCCUCUGCAGCCGUGGACACAGUGCUGGCCGGCGUCCCAGGGCCCCGGGGCCCCCCUGGCCCUCCAGGUCCCCCUGGACCACAUGGUCCCCCAGGACCCCCAGGUGUCCCUGGAUCCCAGGGCCUGGCCGGAGAGCGGGGCAUGACGGGACCGGCUGGCGAGCCUGGCGGGAAGGGGCAAGAGGAGGACAAAGCUGCUGCAGAGGGUGAGGGGGUACAGCAGCUGCGGGAGGCCCUGAAGAUCCUGGCAGAGAGAGUCCUCAUCCUGGAGCACAUGAUUGGGAUCCAUGAUCCCCUGGCCUCCCCCGAGGGGGGCUCUGGCCAAGAUGCUGCCCUGAGAGCCAACCUGAAGAUGAAGCGUGGUGGCUCCCCGCCUGACGGUGCGCUCGCUGCCCUGCUCGGCCCCGACCCCGGGCAGAGGAGGGCUGGCCAGGCCGGUGGCGGCAAGUGAGAGGCCAGCUCUUCAGGACAAGCCCCAGCCCGGCCAGAGAGCCAGCCCAGAGGCCUGUGUCGCCCGGCUGGCUCCUAGACACCCCAAGUGGGCCUGGGCUCCGGACACCGACGAUCAUGAGGGACACCGGCCCCCAGGGCCUGGGGGGACUUGGGGACAGAUGGCAGCUCCAGAGGCAGGGUCCAGAGGGCCCCAGCACCCUUGGCAGGGCCCUUUGCUGGUCCCUGCCCUCCCCACCCUCACUUUCUGCAGGAGACAGGAGCUGGGUGGGCUGGGCAGGGCCUGAGAAUAAUCCUAAUAUUCAUCAUUUACUGAGUCUGGGCCUGUCCAAGGAGCUUUCCCUGCACCGUCUCAUUUAACCUUAGGAGGUAGGCUUGAUAUCCCCACUUUCCACGGGAGGAUGGAGGCCCGGCGAGUAUAAAUAACCUGCCGAGGCCACGGGACCAGGGACAGCUGGGGCAGGAUUUGAACCCCGGCCUCCCGGUUCCUUAACCCUAGACCGUGCCAGGUUCCUGUCUGCACGGAGAAACUCAGGGUGGGCGCAGGGCUGGAGGGGAAGGGGGCUGGACCAGCCAGCAGGGAAGGAAGGCAGGGUCCUGGGCCUCCUUCCUCAACCCCCGACCCUGGGCUUGGGGUCUGCUCCAGGGUCUGGCAGCACCAGGGAGACCCUGAAUAAACCCGGGACGCUCCCACGGACUUGGGGAUAGUGAGAGAGGGGCCCUGGGGUGCAGGGCCCUUCCAACCAAACCGGCACCGCCCACCGCUGCCUCCCAGCCUCAACCCACCCAGCCCAGCAGGGCCCUCCUGCCCCUGAGCCCAGAGGAGGGAGUAUUUCCUGGGACAGCAGCUCUGCCCUCUCCGGGAAUCUCUAGGGUCGGCCAUUUCUGCAGCAUACGGCAAGUCCCGCGUCCCCUUGACCACCUAGAGACAGGACAUUGCCCGAGUCCCGGGCCCCGUCGGGAGAGACGCUGCCCCCCUCAGGGCCGUGGGCCCAGGCGGCAGGCUCCACAGCAGACGCCCGGGGCCGGGGAUCCCAGAGCAGCUCAGACCACGGCCCUCAAGGCCUCUCCGGCCAUGGGUCCCCUGUGACCCGGACCGGCCCUGGUGCUCCUCUCUUGCUGGGCCAGGACCCAGUCUCAGCCGCUGACUCGGAGGUUUGGGUGCCACCCCGAGUGGUGUCUCCUCUCAGGGCAGGAGCCGUCUGUCCCCAGCGUCCUUGGUGCUCCCGGGAGGUUGUGGUCAGGCCCCGGCCACCUCCCCCUGCCUGGGGGCCGAGGUGCGGCAGUCAGAGGCGGGCGGGAAGUCUGCAAUUCUCUGACAAUAAAGGUGC